CUAGUUCCGAGUACAAACUGGAGACAGAAAUAAAUAUUAAAGAAAUCAUAGCCCGACCAGGUAAAGGCAAAGGGAUGAAUUCCUACUUCACUAACCCUUCCUUAUCCUGCCACCUCGCCGGGGGCCAGGACGUCCUCCCCAACGUCGCCCUCAAUUCCACCGCCUAUGAUCCAGUGAGGCAUUUCUCGACCUAUGGAGCAGCCGUAGCUCAGAACCGGAUCUACUCGACUCCCUUUUAUUCGCCACAGGAGAAUGUCGUGUUCAGUUCCAGCCGGGGGCCGUAUGACUAUGGAUCUAAUUCCUUUUACCAGGAGAAAGACAUGCUCUCAAACUGCAGACAAAACACCUUAGGACAUAACACACAGACCUCAAUCGCUCAGGAUUUUAGUUCUGAGCAGGGCAGGACUGCGCCCCAGGACCAGAAAGCCAGUAUCCAGAUUUACCCCUGGAUGCAGCGAAUGAAUUCGCACAGUGGGGUCGGUUACGGAGCGGACCGGAGGCGCGGCCGCCAGAUCUACUCUCGGUACCAGACCCUGGAACUGGAGAAAGAAUUUCACUUCAACCGCUACCUAACUCGGCGCCGGCGCAUCGAGAUCGCCAAUGCUCUGUGCCUGACCGAGCGACAGAUCAAAAUCUGGUUCCAGAACCGCCGGAUGAAGUGGAAAAAAGAAUCUAAUCUCACGUCCACGCUCUCAGGGGGUGGCGGAGGGGCAACUGCCGACAGCCUGGGAGGAAAAGAGGAAAAGCGAGAAGAGACAGAAGAAGAGAAGCAGAAAGAGUGACCAGGACUGCCCUUGCACCCCUAUCUCCUCCCUUGCUCAUCCCAGCUCCCCGAAUCACACACUCUGUAUUUAUCUCUGGCACAAUUGAUGUGUUGUGACUUCCUAAAACAAAACAGGGAGUCAAACGUGGACCUGAAAGUCAGCUCUGGACCCCAUCCCUCACUGCACAACUCUUCACUCGCCUCUUCCUCUAGCUCCCUCGCUAGUUCCUUCCUGGCUUGUCUGCAGGCCCCUUUCCCUUGCCUAGGCCUAGGGGACCUGAACCUCGCUUCAGAUUCCACAGAUGUCCCUCCAAGUGAGCCCUAGCCUCCCUCCCCACCUCCCGACGCCCUUCACCCCCGCCCUCCCGCGCGGAGAGCUGGCUCCGGGGCCUGGGGCCUCCACUCCGGGGCCUCAGGGCCCGGCCUGACAGCCGGAGGGCGGGAGGCCUCAGGAGGGCGCGCCUUGGCUCCGCAACAACCCCCAGGGCCUCUCCCCAGUCCCUGACCGGCCCCUCUGCCCCAGCAAAUGCCCAGAACAGGCAAAUUGUAUUUAAAGAUUCCUGGGGGUCAUUAUGACAUAUUUCGAACUGUGACCGUUUCUGUGUGAAUAUUUCUAGCUGUAUUUGUGGUCUCUGUAUUUAUAUUUAUGUUUAGCACCGUCAGUGUUCCGAUCUCAUUUAAAAAAAAAAGGAUUUUAAAAAAAGAGGGAAAAUAACAAAAAAGCGAAAAAAGUGAAUGACGUUUGUUUAGCCAGUAGGAGAAAAUAAAUA